AUGCGAUUGGCCAGCUUGCAACCUAGGGAGCGGAGGGCGGCCGAGCCCGAGGGUGAGGCUGAGCCCGCCCCCGCUCCUGCCCCGCCCCCUUUACCUCCUCACCACGCCCACAACUUCCUGAAUAUGAAGAACAAGUUUUUCAAUGAGUUGGGCCGUUUACCAAACCACAAAAUCAGAAUGCCUAUGUGGGGUAUUGGGGCCAUUGUGGUGGUGGUUCUUAUCCUGGUCGGCUGCUUCGCCUUCUGUAUCUAUAAAAAGUGUUUAGGAGGGAAAAAGAAAGCCAAGAAAGUCCGAGAGAGAAAAGGUGGACGGAGGAGAAGGAAAAAGGAGGGCGAGGGAGAGGGUGCGGAGGAGGAGGCUAAAGAAGAGGAAGAGGGAGAGGCGAAGGAGGCCGAGUUUUAUGGAAAGCUGGAAUACUCUCUGGAUUAUAAUUUCACCGAAAAUCAGCUUAUCGUCGGCAUUUUACAAGCCCAGGAUCUCCCCGCCAUGGACAUUGGUGGCACCUCCGAUCCUUAUGUGAAAGUGUACAUGCUGCCAGACAAGAAGAAGAAAUUUGAGACCAAAGUCCAACGCAAGAACUUGUGCCCAGUUUUCAAUGAGACCUUCAUUUUUAAGAUCCCCUUUAACGAUCUGGCGGGACAGACCCUGGUCAUGCAGGUGUUUGACUUCGACCGUUUUGGUAAACACGACGUGAUUGGCGAGAUCAAAAUCCCUAUGAACAGCAUAGACCUGGGCCAACCAAUCCACGAAUGGAAAGACCUGGUGGGAGGGGAGAAAGAAGAGCAAGAGAAACUUGGAGACAUAUGCAUCUCCCUACGUUAUGUCCCUACUUCUGGGAAAUUGACCGUCUGUGUGAUGGAAGCGAAGAACCUGAAAAAGAUGGACGUGGGCGGUCUUUCAGAUCCCUUUGUGAAGGUGGUGUUGCAGCACAAUGGGAAGCGUAUAAAGAAGAAGAAAACCACGGUGAAGCAGAACACUCUGAACCCAUACUUUAAUGAGAGCUUCAGCUUUGAGAUCCCCUUCGCUCAAAUACAGAAGUUGCAGGUGCUGAUUACCGUGUAUGAUUAUGAUAAACUGGGCAGUAAUGAUGCUAUUGGAAAGUGCUGGAUUGGCUAUGGUGCCAGUGGGGUGGGCUUGCGUCAUUGGUCAGAUAUGUUGGCCAAUCCCAGACGUCCUGUGGCCCAGUGGCACACCCUCCAGCCUGAGGAGGAAGUGGAUGCCGCCCUGAAGGCACCCAUCCGCUAAACACA